AUGGAUCCUUCCAAGGGAAUCAGUGAAGCUAUCGACGAUGCUACUGCAGAGAAGCGACCUGAGACUCCGGUCAAAAAUGGUGACCCUGUCAUGCGCUCUCGAGAGGACGACCUCAGCGUCUGGCAGUGCGCACUCCGAUUCAAGAGAGUGUCUUUGAUUGCGAUGGUUGCCGCAUUCAGUGCCUCGCUCGAUGGUUAUCAGAUCAACCUUAACGGUGGCAUCGUUUCAAACAAAGGUUUCAUCGAACAGAUGAUGGGCACGGGCAUCAAAAUUAUCGAUGGCAAAUACGUUUCAGCAUGGGGAGGAAUUCAAUCCGCUGGUCAGACCGUGGGACAGAUUUUACUUCAAUAUGCCACGGAGAAAUUUGGUCGCAAGAUCGCACUGUACAUCAUUUGGGUGGAUCUGGUUAUCAGCAUCUUCAUCGAGACCUUUGCGACGCGUUGGGACCACUGGCUUGUAGCCAAGUUGUUUUCAGGCAUGGGUGUGGGCAUGUUGCAAUCUACGUUGCCUCUUUACCUGUCUGAGCUUGCUCCGACGCAGCUGCGAGGAUUUUACAUCAACGCAUAUAGCUUCUGGUUCGUUGUUGGUCAAAUUUUCGCUUCAGUAGCAUUGAACCAACUUAACGCGAGAGACCCCUAUGAGUUCCGAGUUCCAAUUUAUAGCCAGUGGGCUAUGAUUGGUGCUAUCGCCUUCAUCUUUGUACUUCUCCCAGAGUCCCCAUGGUGGCUUGUGAGCAAAGGCAAGCUUGACAAGGCGGCCAAAGUGCUCAAAUUUUGCAACGGUAAAGUCGAUGGAUAUGACGUUCAGGAACAAAUUGAAGUCAUGACUACGACCGUCACACAGGAACGCAUUCUCGCAGAGCAGAACUCGAAGGAAGGAACAUGGGCUGUUUUCAAGGGCCGAAACUUAAUUCGAUUCAUUAUUGCCAGUUGGCCAAAGGUUGUGCAGCAAUUUGUUGGCCUGACCGUGUUCAACACCUACGCUACCUACUUUUUCCAAUACGCUGGAAACAAGGACCCAUUCCGAGUCACCGUGAUCCUUUCUUGCGUUCAAUUGAUCUCGGUCCUUCUCACCGCUACUACCACCGAUCAAUUUGGUCGUCGACCCCUGACCGUCUAUCCUUACGCUGUGACCAGUUUGUCUGUCCUGUGUCUCGGAAUCAUCGGAUGUUUCGAUUACAAGAAAUCAUCUACGAGCUCGCUUCUGAUUUUCUUCGCGUGUCUGGCAACCUUGUCAACCACAGGUGCCUCAGCUAUCGGAUAUGCUUACGCCGCGGAGGUUCCUCAACAGCGUCUGCGUGCAAAGACCGCAGGAUGGGCGCUUGCCUUUUCCAAUUUGAUCGCCAUCAUGUUCAGUUUCUGCACGCCACUUAUGAUCAACGGCACUGCUAAAUGGGGUGUUAAAACUGGGUUCUUCUUUGCUGGAACUGGAACAGUCUCGACAGUCAUUGCCUGGUUCAUCCUUCCCGAAUUAACCCGCCGCACCCCUGCCGAAAUCGAUGAGAUGUUUGAGAAGAAGGUCAAUCUUCGCAAGUUCAAGGGGUAUGUUACUGAAGUUCAGAUGCGGGCCAACGAGCAGCAUCAGACUGAGGAGCUUACUACCGCAUAA